UCUCCAGGAAAUAUGGCACGGGCUAGGGAAGAAGCCGGGGACAGCAGACUGGUGUCUGGUCGGGAACCAUCAUCACACAUCAUCAGAGUGUCUGUCAAGACCCCACAGGACUGCCAGGAGUUUAUGCUGGCUGAAAACAGCAGUGUUCGUCACUUUAAGAAGCAGAUCUCCAAACGCCUUCACUGUGACACUGACCGGCUGGUGCUCAUCUUCAUGGGAAAGAUCCUCCGGGAUCAAGACCUACUGAGCCAGAGAGGCAUCCUAGAUGGCACUACAGUCCACUUGGUGGUGCGGACCCAUCUGAAAGGAGCUCUGCCCACGCCUGGAACUCUGCCAGGCCCCGCUGGACCCGGCCCCCAUCGCGCUGACACCUCUUCCUCCGACAGCGCCGGCAUGUUAGCCAGGCUUGGCCGGCUGGUCCGCUGCUCCCCUGACCUGGCUGACUUCCUCGGCCAGCUGAUACAACUCAUGUCCACCCCUGAAUCUGUAGUGCAAUCCCUUGAAGACCCUCUGGUGCAAGGGCUGGCAAGUGAGAAACCAGCCAAUGUCAGCCACGUUCCUGAAUCAUCAAAGCCAGUACAGAAAACGGAACCAUCUUCUAAGGUUCUGCGAACCUUGCACAACCCAGCCUGGCAGCAGGAUCUUCUGCAGGCAAAUAAACAGCGACUGGAGGCCCUGAAAACAGUGCCAGCGGGUGACAGCGCCAUGCCUGCUGUCUGCUCGGAUAUCCAGCAGCUUAUGCUCUCCACUCUGGCCCCACUGGUUGCCUCUAAAGGCCACAGUCCAGGUUCCGAGCCCUGCAGAGGAGAGGCUAAUGCUCACAGCAGGACAGACACCAUCACAGUGCCCUCCACAGCCUCUGCAGCUUCCAGGCCACUGGCACAAGAGAUCAGACAAGAGGUCAGUGCAGGUUUAGCUGUCCAGGCUAGGGGGACAGUCUCCAGUCAGGCCAAUUCAGGAUUCAGGAAUGGCAUGCCUGACUUUGAUCAGGAGUCUCCCACCCAGGAGAGCCAAGAGCCUAUUGGGAAAGCUGCACUAACAAGUCAGCAGAGACCCUCACCCUGUGCCUUGCAUCGAGCCCUGCAUGUCCUGCAGCAGAAUCCAGCUCUGCUACAUCACCUGACCACUGGCAGUCCCCUACGCCAUCAUAUACCACUGCUUCCCAUUCUCGCCAACCCACGUGCAUUGCAGGCGCUGCUACAGAUAGAAAAGGGCCUGCAGAUUCUGGCCAGGGAGGUGCCUGGGCUGGGAAUUUACUUGUGGGGCACAGGUAGACCACGUGGGACUAGAAGAGCCCCUGAAACUGGAAGUAGAGGACAAGCCCAUAGAGCAGACCCUCUGCCACCCACCUUGGCUGUUCUUCAGCUCCUUCAUGCACUGGCCAGUGCCUGCUCCCAGUUUGCCCAGUGUCCACCAUCCUCAGCUGAAGUCAGCUACCAGCAAGAACUGGAGCAUCUGAAGGCCAUGGGUUUUGACAAUCAUGAUGCCAACUUGCAGGCCCUGAUGGCCACAGGCGGAGACAUCCAUGCAGCCAUUGAGAGACUGCUGGGGGCACCAGAAGCCUAG